ACGAUGCGGAAUCACUGCCCGCCAAAAGUUCCAGCGCGAGAACCUCACAGUGUUAUAUUCCUGCACGGUGAGGCAAAUAAUAUUCAACAACAGAUGACAAUAUAUUAAAUUUUCAUUAUUAGGGAACCUUCCACUAUAAAGACUUCAAAUACAAAGUGCAAUGAUGGAAAGUGACAAUGAUUCUGAUGUUGGAGAUUUGUUAGAUGAUCUUCUGGCGAAUGAUGAACCAGAAGACAAGACUCCCGCUGUCGAAGGUCUAAGAGUAGCAGAAUCAGGCCUGAAUUUCUUAGAUCAAGAAACCAAUAUCAAAGUAAAACAAUCCACACCUAGCAAAAAACAGACUACGAUUCACACAGGGGAUACGGAUUCAUCAGAUGAUGAAGAUAAGCGCGAUUUUGAGAAUCAAAAGUACUCCAACUCUGGCCGAGAGAUCAAGAACAUACUCAAGAAUAAUGCCUCUGAAAGUAAUACCUUAUUUUCUAGACCUUUUCAAAAUAAAUGUGAAUCUCUCAUCAAAAAGACUGACAGAGAAUUGCCGUGUCCGGCCGUUCCAAUUAAAACAAAAUCAAUUGAUGUGUACAGCGAUCCAAUUUUUGGAUUGAGAAUUAUAAACCCUGUUAUUUCGUCCGCCUGUUUAAAAGAAAGAAUGACAGGACGAACGGCGGUCACAAUAUCUCGAGUCAAAAAUCACUUAAAGACUGGCGAUCUUCAGAAUGAUUGGGUGAUUGCAGGUGUAUUAAUCCACAAGUCACCAGUACGCAGCUCGCAAAAAGGAAACCAAUAUUGUAUUUGGAAAAUAAGUGAUUUGUCAGAUGAAAUCAAAUCUGUAUCCUUAUUUCUAUUCCGUGAUGCAUACAAAACGUUCUGGAAGACCAAUACAGGCACAGUAAUUGGAGUAUUGAAUCCAGGGGUAAUGGACAAUAAAGAUGAAAAUAUCAACGAAGCUGCGUUAUCUAUUGAUAAUGCACAAAAAAUGAUGAUAUUUGGUAUAUCCAAAGACAUGGGGGUAUGUAAGUCGAAAAAGAAAAACGGGGAGCCUUGUACAGCUGUAGUAAACUUGAAUCGAUGUGAGUAUUGCAUCUAUCACGUGCAACAAGAGUAUAAUAAAUGUUCACGUAGAUCUGAUUUGCAAUCAUCUAGUAGUGGACAAAGUAUAUCAUCAUUAAACGCUUUAAAAAACAAGGUUCUGGGUAAAGGUGAAACUAUAUACGGCGGUCAGACCUAUAUCGCCAAACCUGCUCAGAAAAAUUAUAAGUUGGUUGAAAAAGACAAGGCUCGCUUAGCGCUCUUGCAAAAUGCUAACCUUUCAAGAACAAAUUCUCCCCUCUCAAAUAGUGAUGUCGGCAAGAGAAAAAAGGCGAGUUUGGUGGAACUGAGCAAUAACCAGAUGAAAAAAGAUGUGGAUAGAUUAGCCAAAUUGCGAGCGUCGUUACCAGUCAACCAACAAUGCUCCUUUGGGAAUUCGAUCUCCCUAACAUCACCAGUUACUCCGCAAUCUUCGGGUAUAAAUUCUCUUCCUACUUCCCUGCUUAAUUCGAACAACAAUAGUCGUGUUCCAAUCGUUUUGGCAGAAACAAAACCCACUUUGAAUCUGAAUAAAACUUCCACCGUUAUGGCUAUUCCGCAAUUAGGGGGUGGCUUGGUUGAAGGAAUGAUUGACCUCUCUGCACCUAUUACUAAAAAACGUGUAGAUAUGGCCAAGAUCAAUGCAAUCAAAUGGAUUCAAAGAAACGGAGGUAUAAAAAAAACUGAUCCAAACAGAGUUCGGUUGUUGCCAGACGAGAAGAUUGAACGAGGAACCAAACGACAAAGAGAGACUUGCGAAGAGUCAGAACAAUCUUCUAAAAAACAAAGCUGUGUAUUACCAACUAGAUUUCAACAUAUGAUAGCUGCAAAAUCGAGGCACGCAGACUUGAUAGAAAAAUCCGAUGAGCAAGAGAAAGAAAAAUAUUUCAACAAAUUAGAAGUGAAAGAAAAGAUGGAAGAAAAAAUGAUGACAACGUACAAAGUAGACUGCAAAGCUGUGAAGUGCCUGAUAUGUAAAUAUAUUGCGUUUUCAGCUUCAGACAUGUGCAAAGAGCAGAAGCACCCAUUGCGAGUUACAGAUGCCUCUAAAAGAUUUUUCAAGUGCGGAGACUGUAAAAAUAGAACAGUUACACUAGACAGAUUACCAUCACAUUCUUGUAAAAAUUGUCAAAGCUCAAAUUGGAUAAGAACUGCCAUGAUGGAUGAAAGAAGAGUAGAAAUUCCUGGAGCUAGUUUAAGUAUACGAGGAGGAGAGGAAAAGUUUAUAGGAUCAAUCGUGAAAAACAGUUCUUUAGAUCUCCUAGUUCCUGAAACUGACUAAAACUCGCUUUACUAGAAAAUCGCUUUACUAGAAAUGCUAACUAAAUUCUACAAACAGCAACUAUAUUUACCACAAAUUGGCUUUUUUUGCCGUGACUAUUUACACAAUUUGUAAAAACUCGUCAAAAUGAUUGUGUUAACAUAUGAGAUAAAGUAUGAAGCAAAAUAUAUUUGUACGUUUGUUACCGAAAUUUCAUGAACUUUAUUACAGAUUUUUCCUCGUUUAUUGUUUUCAUUUUCUGGAUUAUUAUCAUAGGAAUUAUGUUAAAUCUGUACAAUCGUUGGUAUUGCAAUAUCAAUUGAAUUUUGACAAUUGAAAGGACACAUUAAUUAUGUAAUGAGAACUCGUCUACUUGAUAUAGUUGUGGUGAGUAAAUCCAGUACAAAUCUACCAAAACUCGAUAGUGCUUAUCUCAUGAUGUUUAAACAAAAAAAUUGUACGAACAAAUAUGAAUUGGAAAUAGUGUCCUGUCAUUACAAGUAUGUAUGUACAGUUGAUACAAUUUUAGAAAUAGCUUACAAAAUUCUUGUAAAAACGCACGCACACUCUAUGUAAGGUAUAGAAUUAGCAAUUCAUUAUCCGACAAUGAGGACACUUAUCAAUAAUUGUUUUUUUCAAAACACUACACAUAAUUCUCCACGUGAAGUUUCUGGUGAAAGAAAUACUGAUCAUUAUUCUGUGACAUCAAAAAUAGUGCCAAUAUUCAGAAAUAUAUUGUUUCAAUCAUCAGGAAUCUUCUGAUUUUGAUAAAUAUAUAUAACAACAACAUAUGCCCUAUAUUCCAAAUGUUUACAUGUAUCUAAAAUUUUUUAUCUCUACUGCAUUGUAGGCUUAUUGUACAGGAUGAAUUAAAUGCCCCCCAGAGACGAUCCGAUCAAGCCAUCAUCCAGAAUCAAAAUGCCAAAUAGAAAGAAAAUAACCCAUCUUUAUUCAAAUAUUCUCCGUUCCCGCAAGGUCUAUAAAUGCACACACCCGUCCAUCACUUUUUUUGAAAAGCAUUUUUGCCAAUUUAUUCAACCAUGUUACAGAAUUUAAGCAUGAUCUAAGAAGUAUGAUCAUGCACGGUGUGUCGUACAAAAAAAGUGACAAAAGGAGAAAAACACAUUGAACAGAUUCCUGUCUGAAAUAAUGCUAUUAACAGCGAUAAGGCCACUAAUGAAAUUAUCCACAGGAGAGACUGUAUGAUAGAUCUUCAAUUUUUGUACCAGGAAUCUUCAUUAUUAUUCAUAUGAAUUUAACUAAUGGUACAAAAUGUACGAUACACAAAUCGUGUUUAUAAUAAUCAAUUUAUUACAUAUUAUCGUGAUUGUUUAUAAAUCAAAAUAACGCUACAAUCAUACAUACAUAGGUCAGUUACCAAUUCCAUAAUAAGAGCUAGAAUACAGUGACGAAACACCAAUUUUAAUACAAGAUUAUCAUAUCCCAAAUUAUAUACUGUACAAUUGUAAUUAGCGUCUGUAACUUGCAGAAAAUUUUAAUAAAUCCAUGUGAAUAAUUAAAAGGCUAAUAUAAUAAGACAAAGUAUUAAUAAUACAAUAGGCAGGUUUCAAGCUGGCUGGCCAUUUGAUUAGUCAUUGACCAUUGGCAUUAACCGCAUUCUGUUUAGUACAUUCGCCAACUAGAACUGCUUGAUGUUCAUUAAAUUUCAGAUGAUAAUAUUAUUUCAAAUGUGCCAUAUAUUUAUCUCGAGGUUAUUGUUUUCUACUUGCUGUUUUUUACAUCCUAUGUAUAUGAUGACUGAUGCUAAUAUCACGUUGAUACUUGAUUCAUCAUUUGGUGAGAUCACCAUUCAACCAAGUUUUUCCUUUUUUUUUUUUAAAUUGGAGAAAC